CUGCUGGUUGGGGAGGGCAAGACUGGGGUGGGGCUGGGAGGGGAGACCGCUGGGGGCGGCGCGUCCAGCCCCGGGGCUGGGGGUCCAAAGUGCUCGGCCCCUGGGCACAGCCGGACGUUGGGGGCCUUCUUUCCGCAGGCGACAGCCUGAUUGGGGACAAUGGCAUCUCUUGGACACCUCUUGGUUCUCUGUGUGGGUCUCCUCAGCAUGGCCAACGCAGAAGCUCCACAGGAACAUGAUCCAUUCACCUAUGACUACCAAUCACUGCGGAUCGGAGGCCUCAUCAUCGCCGGGAUCCUCUUCAUCCUGGGCAUCCUCAUCGUCCUGAGCAGAAAGUGCCGGUGCAAAUUCAACCAGCAGCAGAGGACUGGGGAACCUGAUGAAGAGGAGGGAACUCUCCGCAGCUCCAUCCGCCGUCUGUCCACCCGCAGGCGGUAGAAACAGCUGGCGCGAUGGACCCCAGCCAGGAUCCCCUGGCACAUGACGCCUCCCACCCAGCCCCGAGCGCCCACCGCCACCAGGACUGUCAUCUUCCCGAGCCCUGCCCCCACAGACUCGUCUCUGCCGCCCAGACUUCCAAUAAAACAUGCUUUCUCUCCUGA